AUGGGAAGGUGGACAUCCUCGAGCCCGGCCUGUCGGAACUGGUGGCGGGAAGGCCUUGCUGCCGGGCGUCUGGCAUUCACUGUCGGCGCAGCAGUCGCAGUCGAACAACAUGCGGAAGGCGUCGAGGUUGUAUUCCUCUAUGUGCCAACGCCGAUGGGCGUCGGCGGCGUUGCGGAUCUGCGAGCUGUGGAGGCGUCGGCACCGCCGCGCGAACUGCGGAGUUGUUGGGUCGAUCCGAUGUCGCGGUCACCAGUAAUCCAGAGUUUCUGCGAGAAGGCACCGCGGUUCGCGACUUCCAACCCCGAUCGAAUCGUCGUGGGUGGGGAGGCACAGGACGCGGCAGAACGCGUCGCGGCGCUUUACCAGGCUCGCGCGCCGACUGUGCUCACCGAUUCGGCCAGUGCCGAACUGGUGAAGUACGCGGCCAACGGAUUUCUGGCGAUGAAGUUGUCGUACGUCAACGCGGUGGCUGAACUGUGCGAGCGACUCGGUGCAGACAUUCUGGAUGUGACCGAAGGUAUGAGCUACGACCGUAGGAUCGGUCGUGAGUUUCCUCAAUCCUGGCCCAGGAUGGGUGGAUCGUGUCUGCCGAAGGACACCCAAGCGUUGCUCCAGGUGGCAGAUGCUGCUGAUUUCGAGUUCCGUCUCAUGCGGGCGUCGAUCGAUACCAAUACCCGUCAACGUCAGCGGAUGGUGGACAAGAUUCGUUUGGCUGUGACGGGCAAUCGAAACGGCUCACUCACCCGCACUCGCGUGGCACUGCUCGGUUUGACCUUCAAAGCCGGCACCAAUGAUCUUCGUGAUUCUCCAGCCUUGAUGAUCGCCGCCUACUGCGGCAGGCGGGCGCAGAGUUGGUCGGUCGCACAAGCCGACGCCGCCGUGGUGCUGACCGAGUGGCCGGAGUUCCGCACGCUCGAUUGGCCGCGGAUCGCCGCAGCGAUGGGCACUCCUCGAGUGAUCGACACCCGAAAUCUGCUCGACCGAGACGUCCUGACGCGAGCGGGUCUCACGUGGACCGGAGUGGGCCGACGACAACCUUCGACAUCACUGUUCUGGCGGCGCAGUAGAACUGUCGAAGGUGCUCGUCGCGAGCAUGCCGCGGCGGCAGUAUUCGCAGUUAUGACAGGAUUGGCACGCUCGAGGACUGGCCUCGGACGAACCGGCACCAUCCACACACCGCACGGCGAUAUCGCGACUCCGUCGUUCGUGGCCGUCGGAACCGAGGCCACGGUCAAGGCCGUGCUGCCGGAGUCCAUGAAGGAACUCGCCGGGACCCGACAUCGUCGACGAGGCCGGCGGGCUGGGCAAGUUCAUGAACUGGACGGGCCCACCUUCACCGACAGCGGCGGCUUCCAGGUGAUGUCCCUUGGCGUCGGGUUCAAGAAGGUGCUCGCGAUGGAAGCCGUCGUGCAGUCCGACGACGUCAUCGCAAAGGGCAAGGAGCGUCUCGCGACGGUCGACGACGAGGGCGUGACGUUCAAAUCGCACCUCGACGGCAGCAAGCAUCGGUUCACCCCCGAGGAGCGAUCGGUCGAGCGCACGCAGGCCUGGGCGAUCCGCUGCAUCAACGAGCACGAGAAGCUCACGGCCGAACGCGCCGACAAGCCCUAUCAGGCUCUCUUCGGCGUGAUCCAAGGCGCGCAGUACGAAGAUCUGCGUCGUCAAGCCUGCCGCGGACUCGAGUCGAUCGAAGGCGAGAACGGAUACGGCUUCGACGGCUACGGCAUCGGCGGCGCCCUCGAGAAGCAGAACCUCGGCACAAUUGUGCGUUGGUGUAACGAGGAACUACCCGAGAACAAGCCGCGUCAUAUGCUCGGCAUCAGUGAACCGGACGACUUCUUCGUCAAUCGAGAACGGCGCGGACACUUUCGACUGCGUCAAUCCGUCGCGUGUUGCUCGCAAUGCCGCGAUCUACGUCCGCUCCGGCCGGUUCAACAUCAAUACCAGCCGAUUCCGUCG